CAACAAAGCAAAAUCAACUGCCCUCGUCUUCAACUUCGCACGCAAAAGCUGCUACUAUACCCUCGGAAUUGAUCCUACAGAUUUUUAAAUAUGUAACAUCUACUGCCGACCUUAAGUCUUGCAUUUUAGUAUGCAAAUCAUGGUGCCGGUGUGGAGUUGAACUGUUAUGGCAUAAGCCAGUUUUCACUAGCAAUGCAUCCCUUAUUAAACUGCUGAUUACCCUAUCACGUAGUACUCAAACAUUUCAAUACUCUCUUCUCAUCCGUCGUCUUAAUUUUUCUUUUUUGGGAGAGGAUAUUAGCGAUCAAAUUCUUGCCCGACUGAGCUCCUGUGAAAGAUUAGAGAGGCUAACUCUUGGAGGUUGUAGAAGGUUGACGGAUAUAGGGCUUUUGAAAUUGCUAGAAAAGGCCGAUGGUCUAGUGGCUUUAGACGUAUCAGACAUUGAAAAUCUGACGGAUUCGGUAAUAGAACUUGUCGGUGAACGAUGUCGACGAUUACAAGGUUUGAAUCUUAGUAAUUGCGAAAAUAUUACCGACGAAUCUGUUGUUGUUUUGGCUAAAAAUUGCCCACACCUGUUAGAAUUAGAUCUUACCAAUUGUAACCAAAUAACCAAUAAAGCAAUCAAACCGGUUUUUGAAAAUUGCACACAAUUGCGAGAACUCCGACUUGCUUGCUGUGCACAUCUCACCGAUGAAUCAUUUACAAGAACAGCGCCAUCGUUAUUCGAACAACUACGUGUGCUGGACCUUACAUCAUGUAAUCUUAUAACCGAUCAAACGCUUUUCAAGAUUGUCAGUAGCGCACCUAAAUUACGCAAUCUCGUUUUGGCCAAAUGCGUUAAUAUCACAGAUGAAGGAGUAUAUCAUAUUACUCGGUUGGGCAAACACUUGCACUAUCUUCAUCUAGGCCAUUGUUGUCGUAUCACAGAUCAUUCAAUAACUCACUUGGCUCGUCAUUGCACUCGUUUACGAUAUCUUGACUUGGCAUGUUGCAACCAACUUACUGAUGCGUCAGUUUUUGAACUUUCUAACUUACCAAAACUGCGUCGAAUUGGAUUGGUGAAAUGCGCUCUCAUCACUGAUCAGGCUAUCUUUGCUCUAAUUGAAAAUCGUGUUGUAGCUCAUACUCUCGAACAAUUCACCCCUCAUCAGAGACAAGUGUUUUGUGUUUUCAGUGGCAAAGGUGUAAAAGAUCUGAGAGCAUAUCUGAACAAUACGCUUAUUGGACAACAAAGAGGUCGCAUCACUGGUGGAGUAGGUAAUGUGGAGGACCAAGUUGUGCAACAACCCAUAACGACUGGUGCUGAUAUUGAAGAUUCUGUAAUAUCUGAAGCAGAAGGUGUUGGUGGUGACAUAUCCGAAGGCGGAGAAGGCGAUAACGAUACAGGACGUAAUAGAAGAAACAGUAGGCACC